AACCAUAAAAGGACUGCAAAUUUCUCAGCAAUGGAGCUCACAUAUUAAAACCAAGAAAGCACCAAACAAGGAAAAACAACAUGGGUUUUAGGUUCUUGUUAUGUUUCUUCUUCUUUUGUAUACUUGUUGGAGGUUUUGGUAAGGGAGCUCUGGGUCUAUCCUGCAACUGGGGAACACGUUCAUCACACCCACUCCCACCAAACAUAGUGGUGAAGCUCAUGAAAGAAAAUGGAUUCACUAAGGUGAAGCUAUUCGAAGCCGAUGCUCCGGCCCUGGAGGCUCUUGGGAAGUCUAAUAUUGAGGUCAUGGUUGGCAUACCAAAUGACCUCUUGGCACCACUGGCAAGCAAUGUCCAAGCUGCUGUCAACUGGGUGUCACAGAAUGUUUCUUACUACAUUUCCAAAUAUGGGACUAAUAUAAGACAUGUAGCAGUGGGCAAUGAACCUUUCUUGAAGGACUACAAGGAUCGAUUUGUCAAUACUACAUUUCCAGCUCUCCAGAACAUUCAGGCAGCGCUGAUAAAAGCCGGCCUCGGCAGAGAUGUGAAGGUAACAGUCCCACUAAAUGCUGAUGUAUACGAAAGUGACAAUGAUCUACCAUCAAAUGGAAAUUUUAGGCCUGAUCUCCAUGACUUAAUGAUGUCCAUCAUCAAAUUCCUUAGUGACAAUGGUGGUCCUCUCACUGUCAACAUCUACCCAUUCCUUAGCCUUUAUGCUGACGCCAAUUUCCCCUCAGAAUUUGCCUUCUUCAAUGGGAACGCUGCCCCGGUUGUAGAUGGUUCGAUCUCCUAUACCAACGUCUUCGACGCAAACUUUGAUACCCUCAUUUCAGCUCUUGAAAAGAAUGGUUUUGGAUCAAUGCCUGUCAUUGUUGGGGAGGUUGGAUGGCCAACGGAUGGCGAUCCUAACGCGAACUUACAGUACGCGCAAAGGUUCAAUCAAGGGUUACUCAAACGUAUACUUCAAAACCAAGGCACCCCAAAACGCAAAAACGCUCCAGAGGUUUACUUCUUUGCACUGAUUGAUGAGGACAUGAAGAGCGUAGAGCCUGGGAAAUUUGAGAGGCAUUGGGGUAUUUUCAACUAUGAUGGGACUAUCAAGUACAACCUGAAUGUAGGAAAUGGACGAAAUCUAGUAGCAGCGAAAGGCGUCAGGUAUUUAGCGAGGCAAUGGUGUGUAAUGUCACCUGCAGCAAGCAUUACAGACCCCCAAUUGUCACAGAACAUCGAUUCUGCUUGCACGUAUGCGGACUGCACAAGUCUUGGAUAUGGUUCCUCUUGUGGCAUGCUUGAUGCCAAGAGCAAUGUAUCUUAUGCUUUUAAUGCCUACUACCAGACACUGGACCAGCGAAAAGAUGCAUGUUCGUUCAAUAAUAUGUCAGUCCUUACAACCUUGAAUCCAUCUCAAGGUACUUGCCUAUUCAAGAUCAUGAUUGAUCUUGGAAAGCAUGAGAAGAAGGUUUCAUCAGCUGGAAGGGAGCAGAACUUGGUUAUGGCUGUGACUCUCAUUUUCGGGUUGAUACUGAUGCUUUGUGGUUUCUACUGAACGGUGACAGAAAACGAUUUUCGAAUAUAUUUAAGUGAUAAUAUUAAUUUUUCAAA